UAGAGCUCUCUCUCUCUCUCUACAUUUGAGCAAGAUAUAGAAUCCACAAACAAGCAGGGAGAGACAGAGAGAUGGAAACGGGAAAGGUGGCAGUGGAGAGAGUUGGAGGGAAGUCAACGGUCACCCGAUGUUUCUCCAAAUACCCCCUCAAAUUCAUCAUCCCGAGAAAGGUGGGUAGCUCCCAAACCGAUGCUGUUUGGAUUUACUCCCUCACCUAUGGUGGUGGCAUUGUCUCUGGAGAUUCUAUUUCAUGUGAUUUGACAAUUGGAGAUGGUUGCACCACAGUUUUGACCACCCAGGCUUCCACAAAGGUCUACAAGUCUGUGCAAUCAAAGUGCUCUGAACAAGUCUUGGAGGCAAGAAUUGGAAGCAAUUCUCUUUUGGUUGUGAUUCCAGAUCCAGUGACAUGUUUCUCCACUGCAAAGUACUCCCAAAAACAAGUCUUCAAAGUUGCAUCCGACUCGAGCUUGCUUGUUGUUGAUUGGAUUACUAGUGGGCGCCAUGAGAGCGGAGAAAAAUGGGAUUUUGAACUUUACAAAAGCACCAACCAAAUCUUCUUGGAAGGCGAUCAGCCUCUGUUUCUUGACUCAAUAUUGCUGGAGCAAGGAAGUAUUACUACUAUUGGCGAACGCAUGCAAGAUUAUCAAGUUCUUGCCAUGGUCAUACUCUUGGGGCCAAAAUUGCAGCAUGUUCAAAACCAAGUUCAACAAUAUGUAAAGAAUAUGAUGUCAGAGCAGUUGCAUAUGCCUUCCACUGCCUUGGGACGCUAUGGAAAAACAAAUGCUGAUCAUUGCUUUACCAAACCAGCCUUUAUUGCUUCCUGCAGUGUCUUUGGUCCCAAGGGUGUAGGUCUUGUUGUUCGAAUAGCUGCCAUGACAACUGAGUCAGUAUACAAGUUCCUACAGCAUCAACUGAUUAGCUUGGAGCCACUUCUUGGGGUAGCACCAUAUCAUCAAUAAUAAAAACAUUUUGCUUUAUGGUGGUUUAAGCCCUUGAAUGUGAGAAGAAAAACAAGAUGACCUUUCCUGGAGAAUAAAUGCUACUACAUACACUGUAUAAGCGGCAAAGACUGAUCCUGAAUGAUUUCACUUCCUACCGCCCAAGGAGACAUCAUAUGUUUUUUUAUGAACCAAUUGAUAAAAAAAAUGAAAAACACGUUGAUUGGGUUACAUGCUUUCUUUAUGUGGCAACCAGAAAUCAAUACUGGAGACAUGGUUUGUUGAUUUAAUUGUAUGCUGUGCAGAACUCUUACCGUUUUGUUGAUUAAGUCUGGCUGAACUGUGAGAGUGCGUAGCAAUUUCAAUGUGGCAAUUUACGCUUACAAGAAUUUGUUUGCAUACAUAUACAAAUACUUGGUUGUAUCAGCUUUGUGGGACUUAUUUUGGAUUUGAAUCCUGACAGCUAUUAUGUUCAAGCUAGUAGCAUUGCUUCUAAAA